CAGUAAUGGGAGGGAACGUGAUGCAAAGAGGAGUGACUUCUUUCAAAAAAUGCUCCUCUCCAGUCAGUCAAGCGGUCACCGGUACAAGGCGGGCUGGUAAGGGAGGCAGCCGCCCCGGAGGCUGCACGAACAUGGCUCGCUACGACGGGAAUGUGCAACUGGACGGCUACGACAUGUUUUAAAAGUAGAACGAGACGAGAAGAGGCAACCGGGGGACGAACGAACGCCGCGGUGCGAAGAAGGCAAGAAAAGCGGAGUACAAGUUCGAGUCUCGAGCCUCAUGUUUGUUUGUUGAUGUCGGCAGCCCGCCGCCAAUACCUGUCGACGUCUUUGAGGCUGCUCUUGCCCCAGUGAGACCCCCGCCGCUCCCCCGACACCGAGAGGUGCUUGAUGCAAGAUGGUGAUGGAGGCGGGGGGCCGGGCAGAGAGAAGGAGGGGGGACCCACUUGCCACGGGAGCAUCCAGAAGGCGGAUCCUGGUGGAGCUCUCGGAUCAGAACCUCGAUGCCAUCUGUCUCUCCGCAUAUCGAACAGCCUGCAAGCUGAGAUUCAUACAGAAGAGAUGUAACUUGCAUCUCAUCGACAUAUACAACGUCAUCGAAGCGGUGCGCGACGCCGGUCUGAAUGCCGUGGAAUUAAACGCUGGCAUUUCUGUGACCAGGCUGGAGAACCUGGUCUCCUCCCUGUUCAACCAGCUCAGCAAGCGCCUGCCCACCACACAUCCAAUUAAGCCACGAGAGAGUACUGUCCUGUUUGUUGAUUUCAUACUAGCCGCCAUUGAGAGCGAACCAGAGAGCCGACUGACAGUGUUCUCGGUGAAGGCAAUUCUGGCUGUGCUAUGCGGAGGGAAACUCGUGGACAAACUCCGCUAUGUGUUUUCUCAGAUCUCGGACUCCAGCGGUGUGAUGGUGCUGUCCAAAUGUGACCAUUUCCUGUUGGAGGCUCUCAAGUUGCCCUGCGCUGUGCAAGAAGGACCGUCCUUUGGCUACACAAAUAACAUUGUCCACUCCUGCUUCCCCCACCAGAAGAGGGUGAUGCUCAACAUGUUCCUGGGCAUUGUAUCUGACCCUCCUCCGUGUCUCGUCUGGCUGCCCCUCAUGCAUCGCCUCGCCAACGUGGAAAACGUCUACCAUCCCGUCUCGUGUUCCUACUGCCGUAGCGACGGGAUGACGGGCUUACGCUACCGCUGCCUGCGUUGCCGAGGGUACCAGCUUUGCCAAAACUGCUUCUGGCGUGGAAAUGCCAACGGCUCUCAUAGCGACCAGCAUCAGAUGAAGGAGCACUCGUCCUGGAAGUCGCCUGCAACCAAGCUGGGCCGAGCCUUGGGCAAAACUUUGGGUUGCGUAUCAUCCAGGGAAGCCUCCCACCCGGUUUACCCAGAAGAACCUGAGAGGACCCUCAAUCUCGCUAAUAUCGUCCCUUCUCAACCUGUUGCGAACCCGAGUCCGGCCAUGAUGCUGUCUUCAUCGGCACCGGAGUCCUCCAAGAGCAGUUUGGCAGCAGCUCGGCGCAUGAAUGAGGAGCACGCUUUGAUCGCCGCUUAUGUGAACCGCCUCCAAAGCAGCCCACGCGGCGCACGCAGCCCCGGCAGACAAGACGAGGAGCACAAACUCAUCGCCCGCUACACUUCUCGACUGGCGGAGACUGAAAGCUCAGGGGUCAUACCCACUCGAAGCAUCAACUUUGAUGUAAACAAACAGAAGAGGGAGCUCAUCGCUCAGCUGGAAUCCAAAAACAGAGAGAUUUUGGCAGAGAUCAAGCGCCUGCGUUCAGAACACGACGCCGUGUGCCAGCCCGGUCCAGAAAAGGGCGCUACCAACCCGACUCUCCUGGCCGAGCUUCGCCUGCUCAGACAGAGGAAAGAUGAGCUGGAGCAGAGGAUGUCGUCUCUGCAAGAGAGCAGGAGAGAACUGAUGGUCCAGCUGGAGGGACUGAUGAAGCUGCUCAAGGAUGAGGAACAGCGACAGGCAGCGCAGGCCGCGGGAUCCUCUCACACUUUUGCCACCCGGCUGAGCCCUUCGCCUGCCCGCUCGGUUGGUACGGCGUCGCCGCAGAUGUAUUCGCCCCAAGACUCCCUUGCCGGUGUGGGCGGGGAUGUCCAGGAGGCCUUUGCCCAAGGCACCAGGCGAAACUUGAGGAAUGACCUUCUAGUAGCAGCCGACUCCAUUACCAACACCGUGUCCUCACUGGUCAAAGAGCUUCAUUCUGAUGAAGGCCGAGAGGAAGAGGAGAGAUUGCUCAACGGGAAGGACAGAGCAGGUUAAAUGUCAUCACGGACAAAUAAAAAUGGCAGUGCGGUGUCUCAUCCCAGCCAAAGAAGAAGCUAAACUGGAGACGAGAAACAUCCUCACUAGCCAGUGGGAAUUGGAACAUUAAGUGCCGAUGAAGCACUCGCCAUGCUGGACACCAAACUUGAGUCCAUUUACUGAUGUAGAGCUCUGAAUCAGUGUUUGUCUUGUCACUGCGAGAUUCAUUUGGUGUUGACAUAUCGGAGCGUAGCUAAACAAGGAACAAGAAGCCUCGUUUUACUCAAGCCUGUGUGUGUGUGUGUGUGCGCGCACGCUUUAGCGUUUUUUUUUUUCAUUUUUUAAAAUUUUUAAAUGAGGGUAAAGUAAGUGAGAGAGAGGAGGCAGAUGUGUUAAGAAGCUUUAAUUCUCAGGAUGGUAAUAAAGGAUGUAGCGG